AUGGCCAGUGCAACAUCACUCCUUCGCCUGCCUGUCGACGAACCCAGCUUGGCUUCUUGGGAUGCGUCGCACCGCUAUUCUCCUGCCACGAUUGAUUUCCUCCAUCCCGGGUAUCCCGAUGGCGACAACACGCUCUUGUCACUCCCGGCUCUUGAUGACGGCGGUAUAUACUACGACAUCGCGCUAGCGGCAUGCGGCGUGAUUGCCGAUAACACUUGGAGCACCGGCUUCUUUGUCGAGUCACGACCGGUUGUCGCCGCUGAGGAUAUAGCGGCCAAGGAUCGCGUCGCUCCUCCGCAAAUAGAUCGAGUCCUUCGGAGGCCGAGAUACUACUUCUGCGUUCCCGGUUUUGCGGACCAUCUCUACCCGAUUGUCCCGCGCUUCUCUGACUGGCGAUUUCCCCACGGCGAAUUACCAGAUGCUUGGACACAGAUCGAGUCUGUUGCGGGCCACCCAGCACCAGACCCACGGUUCUGUCGGUUGACGGGACAUGCUGAUGGCGUCGAGGGUGCCCAUCUUGUUCCGGUGUCGCAGCUCGAAUGGUUUAACGAUAACAGGAUGUCACGAUACGCGCGUGUUGAUAGGUUCUCCACGGCUAUGAUUGACUGCGACGGAAAUGUUAUCCCCCUUCGAAGCGACAUCCACAAAGUCUUUGACGAGCGCCACUUCUGCUUCGUCCCAAAGCACCACCACCACACUCCUCCCGCCGGCCCAGCCGCUAGUGCUACCUCAUCUUCCCUACCAACAACCGAGUCACAACAGAACCGACCAUCACAACCAUCGACGUCGCCAGCGCCAACCCAAGCCCUCGUAGUCCACGUCUUCAACCCCACAACAAGCGGCCAGCUCCAAGUCCUCUACCACAACCGCGCGGUACACGGCCUCUCCACCGUCGUCGAGCCCGAGUUCCUCUUUGCCCGCUUCGCAUGGACGAUACUCUCGCCCUCCGUGUCGCGCCACUUCCUCCCGCAGGCCCGGUCGUCACGCCUGCUCCUGCUGCGCGGCUCGGGGGACGCCCCCAAGAGCGCCGACCCGGAUCGCUGCUACCAGCUGUACCUCAGCAUGCGGUCGCGGUCGACGAGUCCCAAGAAGAGGAUGCUUGGCUCGGGGGUGGGGGGGGGUGCUGAUGCUGUGGAUUGGGGAGGGGGGGAUGAUGAUGGUGACGAUGGGGAUGGGGAUGAUCCUGGUGAUGAUGGGGACGUUGGCGAUUUGUCUGAAUCUAACCCCGAUCGCUCGUUUAGCAGUUGGGCCGACACGCAGAGCUCGGGCCCUGUUGCGGAGGAUAUCAUCGAGCCUCCUAGGUGCAGCGAUUUGUACAAGGAUAGAUCAUGUUUCCCGAAUAGCUUGGAGGCCUUGGCUGAGCAGAUGGAGCCGCGGGGUCGCUCGAGAAAGCGCGAGGUCGACGUGGAGGAAGGCGUGGGUGACGGCGGGAGAGGGAUCGCUGUGGCGGAGAGAGCGGUAAAGCACCGGAGGCAAGAGUAA